AUGGAUUUGAGUUUAACGUCGGAGUACGACGGUCGGCCGGCGAGGGAUGGAGGUGGUAAGCUUAUUCUCGAAAUGAAUAGAUUAUUGAGGCCUGGUGGGUAUUUCAUCUUCUCAACUAAGCAUAACAGUAUCGAAGCUGAAGAAGCAUUUUCCAAGCUGACAUCAUCGAUUUGUUGGAACAUCUUGGCUGAUAAAACUGAUGAGUUAAGUGAUGUUGGUGUGAAGAUAUAUCAAAAGCCCGAAACAAACGAAAUAUAUGAACUGAGGCGAAAACGGGACCCACCUCUCUGUAAAGAGAAUGAGAACCCAGAUGCUGCCUGGUAUGUUCAGUUGAAAACAUGCAUCCAUCCAAUUCCCGAAGCAAUCGAGCAACGUGGGACCGAGUGGCCUGCAGAAUGGCCAAAGAGGCUUUACACAUUCCCUGACUGGAUGAGCAAUGAUCGAGAGAAAUUGAUUGCUGAUAGUGAGCACUGGAAAGCUAUUGUGAACAACUCUUAUCUAAUAGGAAUAGGCAUUGAUUGGUCAACGAUCAGGAAUGUAAUGGACAUGAAAGCCAUAGAUGGAGGAUUUGCAGCUGCACUUUCGGAGCAGAAAAUCUGGGUUAUGAACGUAGUUCCUGUUCAUGCACCCGACACACUUCCCAUAAUUUUCGAGCGUGGGCUUAUUGGUGUUUACCAUGACUGGUGUGAAUCUUUCAGUACAUAUCCAAGAACUUACGACCUUUUGCAUGCCGAUCAUCUCUUCUCGAGGCUUAAGAACAGCUUAAUUGCUGAGAAGUCUGCUCCGACGAAGAAGACGCAGGCGUCGAGGCUGAGCCAUUUUAACGUCGAAGACUAUCACAGGCUACAAGCGUGCGAACUGUGGAUUAUGGAGAAUUGGAGGCCAAAGAAGAAGAGAGAGAGAGAUGGAUUUGAGUUUAACGUCGGAGUACGACGGUCGGCCGGCGAGGGAUGGAGCGACUUUACAUGCCUUUGCGAUUUUGAGCGACUUAGAAUCGAUUUUGUGACUUUGAGUCGUAGAAUCGGCGAUUCUACGACUCAAAGUCGCGAUUUUGAUAACCUUGUGCCUGCAAAUGCAGGGCUCAAUUUUCUCUUAACCCUCGAAAUAAACCCUUUGGAAAUCAAGAAUUUCCCCGCCAUGUCCCCACCACCCCUUCCGUCCACCCGCCUCGCCCUCCUCACCCUCCUCUCCGCCACCGCCACCGUCUACUUCCUCUACAAAUCCCGCCACCGCCACCGCCGCCUCCUGGCGCGCCUCCGCGGCGCCCUCUCCCAACCCGACCGCUGUGUCCCCAUCCCCUCCCCGCCGCCAAACAGAGGCAAACUCUUCUUCAUAUCGCAGACCGGCACCGCCGAAACCCUAGCCCGGCGCCUCCACGAGUGGCUGGCCGAAAAUGGGCUCCCCUUUGAUCUCGUCGAUCCGAAGGACUACGAGCCCGAGGAUUUAUGCAGGGAGGGACUCGUCGUCUUCGUGGCCUCCACUUGGGAAAACGGUGGGGCCCCUGAGAAUGGGGCCUUCCUCGUGAACUGGUUGGCGGAGAGCGUUGAUGAUUUCAGGGUCGGAGCCCUCGUGCUGAAGGACUGUAAGUACGCGGUUUUCGGGGUUGGGAGCGGGAGCUACGGCGAGACGUACAAUGCUGUCGCCAGGGGCAUUUCGGUAAAGUUGCGGAAGCUUGGGGCGAGCGAGCUGGUGGAAUCUGCCGAGGGGGAUGUGGACGAAGGGAAUGUAGAUGAGGUGUUUGAUGGAUGGUGCAAGAAGAUUAUUGGGGUUCUUAAAGGUGAUAGUUUGGGGGAGAACGUGGGGCAUUUUGGGAAUAAUGGGGUCGGAGGCGAAAGUGCAGAAGAAGAAGGAGAAGAAGAAAGUGAGUGGAGUGAGGAUGAAUACAAUGAUGAUGAGGCGGCUGUUGUCGAUCUCGAGGAUAUUGCGGGGAAAGGGCCUUCGAGAAAAUCAAUGGCAGGGGAUAAGGCUAAUGGCAAACCGAAUGGGCGUGUGGUGAACGGGGAGAAAGAAAUGGUGACUCCAGUUAUAAGAGCAAAUUUAGAGAAGCAGGGGUAUAAAGUCAUUGGCUCUCACAGUGGGGUUAAAAUUUGUAGAUGGACCAAGUCUCAGCUUAGAGGACGUGGUGGCUGUUAUAAGCACUCAUUUUAUGGAAUUGAGAGUCACAGGUGUAUGGAGGCAACCCCAAGUUUGGCAUGCGCGAACAAAUGUGUGUUCUGCUGGAGGCAUCACACUAACCCUGUUGGGAAAUCCUGGCAGUGGAAGAUGGAUGAUCCUUUGGUGAUUGUUGAUACCGCCAUUGAUCUACAUACGAAGAUGAUAAAACAGAUGAAAGGAGUUCCAGGGGUGAAGGCAGAGCUUUUGUCCGAGGGUCUUUCUCCUAGACAUUGUGCCUUGUCACUUGUGGGUGAACCUAUCAUGUACCCAGAGAUUAACUCUCUUGUUGACGAGCUACACCGGAGGCGAAUAUCGACUUUUCUCGUGACAAAUGCACAGUUUCCUGAAAAGAUUAAGAUGCUUAAGCCUGUCACGCAGCUGUAUGUGAGUGUGGAUGCUGCCACAAAGGAUAGCUUGAAGGCAAUUGAUAGACCACUAUUUUCAGACUUUUGGGAGAGAUUUGUGGAUUCUUUAGAAGCCCUAAAAGAGAAGCAACAACGAACCGUAUAUCGGCUGACACUUGUCAAAGGAUGGAAUACAGAAGAUGUGGAUGCAUAUUCGUCACUCUUCGAUAUCGGCAGUCCCGAUUUUAUCGAAAUCAAAGGAGUCACUUACUGUGGAUCGUCAGCAACUUCAAAGUUGACAAUGGAGAACGUGCCCUGGCAUUCUGACGUAAAGGAGUUUUCCGAAGCUUUGUCUCGAAAGAGCAAAGGGGCAUAUGAAGUGGCUUGUGAGCACGUGCAUUCGUGUUGUGUACUUCUGGCUAAAGUCGACAAAUUUAGAGUCGAUGGCCAAUGGUAUACUUGGAUAGAUUACGACAAGUUCCACAACCUGGUCUCAGCUGGAGAGCCUUUUACUAGCAAGGAUUACAUGGCUCCAACACCAUUAUGGGCCGUUUAUGGAGCAGAAGAAGGCGGGUUUGAUCCGAAGCAAUCACGCUUUAGAAAAGAAAGACGUCACAAGUCGACACGUUGAGCUCGUAUGUCGUUUUUUAAAAUAUACAUGCAUUUUUUUCUGCCUUUUUUUUAUAAAAAAAAUAAUAAUUUUGUUUAAUUUUAUUCAUCAUAAUAUUCAAUUAUUAUUUUAUUCUAAAAUUUAUUGUCAUAUAAUAUUAUUGUUAUUAUUUAUAAUACUUAUAAAAGUAGUAUUUCUA